AUAAGUGUAUAUAUCCGUGUCUGAAUUGUAUGCGUUUUAAACACACCUGUAUACUUAGUGACAGACGUAAAACUGUAGCGCCUUGUCUGGAUUAUAUACUGCUUGUAUAUUGUACAAAUUCUGACAGCAAAUAACUAUCAAUCAACAGAUGAUACAUACAAGCUGCAAAGUUGACAUUGUACCGGACACUACCUGUCUCAGGUAAUUGAAGACACUGUUUACAACACACUACGUACCAAAUGGAACGUUUUUUGGAUAUCUCAAGUUGUAAUCCUUGACAGAGGCAAUGGACAUGAGUACUGCAUUGUCCUACUAUAUUGUACACUGGCCCAAUGUGAUGAUUUAUCACAGAAACGUAUAAAACCAUAUGCGCAAUUGCAGGUAUUGGACAAUCAACGUAAUUAUAACAUUGUAGUUUAUCCUUUUUACACCAUGUUAAUAAUCAUCAUAUUAAAGAAAUUUCUGCAAACCAAAGUUGGAGCACAUGAGGACAAUGCAUGGCGGUGUCUUUACCCGAUGAUGCUUAUAACGACAAUAUGUUCUGUGAUUGGAUUUUUCACCCCUUUUUGGUUUUCUGACGAGCAUUGUUCCGAUCGGGGACUUUUGUAUGAUUGCUGUGAGUUAACAAACAAUGUAACAACUUGCAACCAAGCGGCAUGGUUAUCAGAAGAAUCCGUGGCCGGUGCUUUGGUAGCAGCACUCGUACUGGCACUGUUGUCUAUUGUUGGCGCUAUUGCAGGAACCGUGGCUACUGUCGUCAUCAUCAUCAAAGACAUCAAAGCCAAUUCUAUAUCGACAAGACCCGUGGUUUUUGUAGGCUUUGCUAGUGGGUCUCUAAUGGUGUCAUCCUGUUUGUUGAUAUUGGAAGAAUUUGGUCCCCAUUCCCUUGGUACAUCAUUCUACGUAUGUGUAUUAUGUGGUGCCUUUCAGGUACUUCCGAUUAUUGGAUUCAUGUUUUCCAAACAACUGAUUGGCUUUUGAUAACUUAGCAUUGGAGUCGUCAUUCACCAUUGCGAUUCAUCUUAAUGCAGUCUUUCAGCACUUACAAUAAGAUGACAGUGAUUCUGUUAAAGAAUGUAUCAACAAAAAUGUAGUAAUUAAGAUAGCUUCUUCCGUCACAAAUUAUUGUUAAAUUAAAUGGUAUAAUCAUUGUUGAUAGAGGAAUUCAUUCCUGAGCGAUGAUAUAUUGAUAGCCAGUCUUAUGUAUAUGAAAUGUCGUUUGUCAAUAUGGAAGUUCACAUCUGAGUCUGGCACUAGUAAAAUUAAAAUGGAAUAAUUACGUCGUAAAUGAAUAUACAAGCUGAAUUCAAUUUUAAAAUCAACAAGGCUAAUUGUAUAUAUGUACAUAUAGGUGUAUGUUAUUAAACGGAGUUCAAGAAUUCA